AUGGGCUCGCCACCGCCGGCCGCUCUGCUCUUGGGGCUCCUCCUCGUGCUGGGCGUCCUGAGGCCGCUGCCGGGGGACCCGGUCUUCCUCCCGGCUUUCAUCCGCGCGUCCGGCCCUGUGGUCAGCGCGUCCCUGGUCGGAGGCACCGAGGACGUGGCCGUGUCCCUGUCGCUGCUACAGGACCAAGCGGGAUCCUUGCCAGCUCCCACGUGCGGCGUGCUGAACAACGACACGGGAGACUGGACUUUGACUGUGACCCCCAGUGUGGGCCCCCCGGGGCCCCCGGCUGGUUUUCCUUUCCUGUGUGUGCAGUCCUCGCCGGCCAACUCGCCCUUCCUCGGUUACUUCCACCACGGGGCUGUGUCCUCGAGGCCGCACGCCGCCGCCUUUGACGCAUAUCUGCACACGGAGCCGAAGGACAUGUCGGACUCGGGGUACAAACAGGGAGACCCCGUUAUGACUGCCGGUCAGGCCUAUCUCACUGUCCCUCAGGUCUCCCUGGCUGGGCAGUGUGUGCGGGAUGCCCCGGUGGGAUUCCUGCAGAAUUUUGACGUUCGCUGCAUUACUGACCUCGACGCCUACGGGGAACCAGGCAGCGUCCUGGACGCUGGGAUAAAGGACGGCACUGCGGGAGGCAUCGUCAUCCCACACGUGACCUAUGAGGAAGCGGCGGACCUGGGCCAGGUCCUCGCCGGCGCAGAGACACUUUUAAGUCCCGGACCGGCCCCCAGAAACGUGACUGUGGAGGGACAUUAUCUCUUCCGAUGGAAUAACCGUACCAUCAGUGAAAUACACGUCAGGAUUAUCCGGGCGACAGUCCAUGCCCUCCAGAAAGGAACCAUGACACAGAGAUUACGUCAAGUUUUAAGCUAUAACAGCGGCCACGAGAAGGAAAGAUCUGGAAACCCAGGUUACCAGCUGGGCAGGCCGGUGCGCGCCGCACACGCUGGCAGGAGGGACCCCGCGGCGGCCUUGAGCCUCUGGCAGCCAGCUGGGAGGGGUCUGUGCGCAUCGGCAACUCUCAGACCCGUGUUAUUUGGAGAAAACGCGCUCGCGGGGUGCCUCCUGGAGGUGGGCACCGAGGAGAACUGCACUCGGCUCCGGGACAAGGCUGCGGAAAUACUUGAUUCGUUAAUACAAGCAACUCACGUUGCAACGAGAGGCAACUCCGAUUACUGGGACCUUGGUGACGGCUGGCUGGAGAUCGUGGCCGCCCCCGACCCAGGCGCAGACCCGGCUGGUGGCAGCGGGAAGGGCACCUGCACGGAGGUUCCUGCUCAGCUGAGCGUCCGCAUCCUCACCUGGGACGCGGGCGCCGUGGAAGGCAUCGCCCAGCAGGAGAUCCUGGGCGCAGAGAAGAGGGUCUCCUCGGUGACCUGGCGGCCCCAGUGCGGGCUGACGUGUGAGCAGGUCGGCCUCUUCCCCCUCAGCGCCUCCGUCCAGUUCAUUCAGGUCCCUGCCCGGCUCCCCCGGCCCCUGACCAGAUUCCAGAUCAAUUUCACAGAGUACGACUGUGACAGAAACGACGUGUGUUGGCCGCAGCUUCUGUAUCCCUGGACCCGCUAUUACCAAGGGGAGCCUUACGCUCGGUGUGUGGCCAAGGGCUUGCUGCUGGCCUUCUUCUCCGUGGCGGCCCUGUUCCUCAGUGACCCCUGGACCAGAGGACGCAGAGCGUGACCUCCCGCCACUCCGGGCCCUCAGACCACAGACUCUUCUCCGGCGAUUUGCUGCACUCUGUGUACAGUUUUAAUGAGUGGAGGGUUUUGUUUUUGUCGGAAAUGCUCGUCAGGCGCUCUGUGGGUCUCGUUCACCUACGGAGCUAUCCAGACGGGCAUCUCGCUGCCGGGCCAGACUGAGCAGCGUGCACGAGGGCCCGGGCCUGCCUCCUGGUUAUCAGAAGCAUUCGUUUAUCCCAAAUUACUCAAGUCACAGGAGCUUUGGUCCAAAUAUGUUAUUUGUACCUUAGAGGCAAUUAUUUCCUCAACUUUUUAUAUACAGUGUCCCAAAAAGUGUGUACACACUUUAACAGCUGAUAGCUCAAUUUUGAAAAUGAAAUGUAUUUUAAUAAACACUGCCUUUAUAAUCA